AUGAUUCCUACCACCAACGUCUUCAAGUUCUACGUCCAGAAACAUGCUAUUCAUCCUCUCGGGCCAUGUGGUAUAUGGGACACCCCAAGUGCUGCACUCCGCGCCAACGCGUCUCUGAAGGUCGCGUUCGCGGCGUUUUCGCGGAUAUGGGGCGCGGCGCGGAUGUGCGACAAUCCGGAGCACCUCUUCUAUCAUAUCGAUGGAUACUACGCUGCCAAUGGUGCGACACUAUUGGACGCGCCCUUUUUAGUGAAGGAAUCAAUCAUCGAGGUGUCUCGCUCGACGCUCGGAGAGCCUUCUCGGCACUGUGAAGACCCAGUUAAGAGGCAUCGCUUGGGCGGAAAGCAUGAGUUUGAAGGUGGGGCCGUUCUCUGCCUGCCACGCCAGACCUCCCAUAAAAGGUCUUUUUGGAACAUGCUGGACAACGACAAUUGGGAACUACGCGAGUCCAGUAACAACAACAUGGGUGCGCAUAUCCGUACCGCGGUCGCAGCCCUUCUGCUAGUCCGUAUCCUGCGUGCAUGA